AUGUCAUCUAUAGAUUCGUGUAGUGAUUUAUUAGUCUGUGCACAAAAUAUUAGCAAACAACAUGGUAUUAUAGUUGUAACUGUUCGUUCUGAUAUUGGAAAUGGACAACGAGGUAGGAAAGAUAAAUUGAUUUUGGGUUAUGAGAUAGUAGAUAAUUAUAAAACGAAGAAUACAUCUGAAAGCAGUAAAUCCUCAAAGGACACUUAUAGUAUGAAAGUGAAAUUCCCUUUUAGGUUGAGAUCUACGUCGAGUGGUAUUGAUUGGAAGGUGAUGGUUAGGUGUGAGUUUAACAAUCAUAAACUAUCUGAGGAUUUAUACGGUCAUGACAUAUUGGAUCAUCUAAAAGUUCAUGAGAGAUAG